AACCAUAACCCGUUGCGCUGUGGGCUACGAGGUCUCCCCCACCCGUCCAAUAUAAAAACAGGGUUAACACUUGUCAAGGCACACAACGUCUGCCCUUUUUCACUGGAAACGGAUCUCUACGGGCUUUACAGGGAUCUAAUAUCCUCCAUCGCAAUGAAAGGUGUGAGGACUAUUGCAGUUUAUGCACUUGUUCUUUUAUUUCUGGCAACGCUCGUUUCCCAUUCGUUGAGCGCACCGAAGGGCAGUUUCCAGAGGAGAAAUUGGUCGCCUCAGGCAAUGCUGUACCUCAAGGGCACCCAGACUCGGAGUCAGAACACAGAGAAACUCAAUGUGAACCAGGCAGCCACAGUCCUGCUCAACUUCCUGCAGCAAGCCAAGGAGGACGGAGAAGAAAAUCCUGAACAACUGUACUUUCAAGACUUGCCAGCAUGGAAAAGAGAGUACUUCUGAUGUAUUUUAUAAUGUAUUUGUUAUUGUUGA